UCGGACUUCAAUUGAUUGACCGUUCGGCCCAAGCAUUGUUCAUUCAGUCAAAUCUUCUUUCACUUUAUAUUUCUUUUUCUUGGCAUUCUAUAUACCCUUUAUACAACAUACAUAUGCCGAAUACAACUUGUGUUGAAACUGUCACCGAGGAGAAGCUGACAGCAAUACCCCAGGCACGAUCGGUACGCUGGGCUCCCUUGCGAGGUAUUCCCUUGGAACGACGGUUACAGAUGCUGGCGGUCUGCACCUGGAUAUCCUUGCUAUUUAUUUGCCUCGUGACGUUUUCCGUUUGCUUUGCUUUCCCUAUCUUAUGGCCCUUGUUGAUCGCCUAUGCCAUCUUCUUAUUCCAUGACACCGCGCCAGAGUCCGGUGGCCGUCGAUUUGAUUGUACGCGCCGAUGGGCCAUUUGGCGAUAUUUCGCCAAUUAUUUUCCCGUCAAAUUGAUCAAGGAGCAUGAUCUGGAUUCUACCAGUAAUUACAUUUUUGGAUAUCAUCCUCAUGGUAUUAUUUCCAUGGGGGCAUUUGCAAAUUUCGCUACAGAAGCGACCGGCUUCUCUGAACUUUUCCCUGGAAUCAUCCCUUCUUUGUUGACGCUUGUGUCUAACUUUCGAUUACCAUUGUACCGCGACAUUAUCCUUGCCCUGGGCAUGGGCGCUGUGUCACGAUCUUCGUGUGAGGCAAUUUUGAACUCAGGCCCAGGUCGCGCUUGUGUCAUUGUUGUCGGAGGAGCAUCCGAGUCCCUGAACGCCCGCCCAGGUAUUGCUGACCUAACCUUACGAAAGAGACUCGGCUUUAUUCGUUUGGCAAUCAAGAACCAGGCUUCACUGGUGCCUGUUUUUUCCUUUGGUGAAAAUGAAUUGUACGAACAGUUUGAAAAUAGUGAGGGAUCCGUGUUGUGGUCGGUUCAGAAGAAAAUGCAAUCAUUAUUAGGGUUCACCAUCCCUCUGUUCCAUGCACGUGGAAUAUUCAAUUACGAUGUUGGAUUUGUUCCAUUCCGUCAUCCUAUUGUCACUGUGGUGGGUAGACCGGUGCCAGUGCCCAAGCUAGCAAAGGACCAAGUGGAGCCUACAAAAGAACAAGUUUUGGCAGUCCAAGAAGCUUACAUUGAUGGAUUGAAAGCCAUCUAUGACAAAUAUAAAGACGUUUACGCCAAGGACCGUAAACAAGAUCUUCGGCUCAUCGAUUGAAUGAAACCUGGUCCAUCACAGCCAUCCACUUUUUUCAACAUUAUUUUAUCUCCUGCACCAUGCAGAUUUCAACGCAGUGUUAAAGCUGGGAUUUUCUCUUUUUGCAACAUCAUGAUCUCCAGCAUACAUACAUAGAGUAUUCCAUCAUGCUUUUACUUUUUUCAAAGGAUACAAAACUUAUAUAAACGAGCAAUUGUUUAUA